AUGGCUCAACAGAUCAAGGUCGGAGAUACCCUCCCCACCGUCUCCCUCAAGUACUGCCCAUACGACCCUGAACUCAAGGACGCCUGCGGGAUCCCCCAGGUCUUGAGCACAGAUUCCUUCAAGGGCAAGAAGGUUGUCAUCUUUGGCGUUCCCGGCGCCUUCACCCCCACCUGCAACAACAACCAUCUCCCCGAGUACCAUCAAAAGUACCAGGAUCUUGCCAAGAAGGGUAUUGAUCAGGUCAUUUGUAUCUCUACCGCUGACGCCUUUGUCAUGGAUGCGUGGGGCAAGUGGACAAACGUGAGCGAUAAGGUCAUCAUGGCCGCUGACGGAAACGGCGAAUUCGUCAAGGCCACCGGUCUCGUCCAGGAUUUGACAAAGGCCGGAAUGGGCGCUGUCCGCUCGAAGCGCUUCGCUAUGGUCGUCGAGGACUUGAAGGUCACCUACAUCGGUGUCGAGACCCAGUUUGGUGUUUCCGUCUCGGGCGCCGGAGCUGUCUUGGCCAAGUUGUAA